AUGCAUGACCACCACUUCCAUGAUAGCAACGGAUUCAACAAAGCAUUUGAUCCAUAUUUUGGAUAUCCAAGACUAUUUAACAGGCCAAACUUUGAUAAUAUGCCCCUGCCUUUUGGACCACCAAGCAUACAAAAUAAAUAUCCUGCUAAAUUCCAACCAACAAUUAAUAUUAUGGGUGAUGAUAAAGCUCCAGUCGCGAAAUUUGAUAAUAGUCAUACAGAAAGCAGUGAUACAAAAAAAAAUAAUGACAAAGCAGUUGAUGCCGUAAAUAAUGAUAUCAAAACUCCAUCAAAUGUUGACAAACAGAAAUCUGAAGAGCCAAAAGAUAAAUCUAAACAGCCUGACGAAAUACCUCCAAAAACUAAUGAAAUACAAAAUAAUAAUUCCGCAAUAGGCGAAGACAAGAAAAAUGUCACUUUAAAUGCAAACAAAGAUUAUAUUUUGGUUGAUAAUAAUGGGAACAAUGCAUAUCUUUUACAUGAAAGUAUACCCAAUAACGUCUUAUCAAAUGAGCAACCAAAUUUAAACAACGCAAUGUACGUACCUGUAACAUCGAAUAAAAAUGUAGAACAUCAACCUAAUAAUCAAUAUUAUCAAUAUCCAAAUGGGCAACCAGUUCUCAAUCAACCAAAUGGAAACAAUGUUAUGUAUGUGCCAUUAGUUUCAAACACUAAUAAUCCACAGCAACCUAGCAACCAAAUUUAUCAAGUCCUUAAUGGACAACCAACAUCUAUGAAUAUUCCAUUCACAGGAAACGGAAUAAACCCGAACGGCUACAAUAAUGUAUUGACAAAUACUCCACAAAGUAAUCCAUUACCAAACAAUUAUAACCCAAGUUAUAUUUAUAUAUAUGCCAAUGGACAAUUGACACAAAUUCCGGCUUUUAUCAUAAACCCACAGCAAAAUUUGCCAAUACAGAAUGGAUAUAACGGCGUUUUUACACCCUCUGUCCCUAACUAUGGUGUUCAAAAUGGGUACAAUCCAAUUUCAAUUCAAUUACCUGCUCCUAACAGUCCUGUAUCUAAUAAUAUUCAACCAAGCGGCAUAGCCCCGCAAAACCUUCAACCAAAUAAUAAUUUAGGAUUGUAUAAUGUACAGAAUGGAUAUUCACAGUCUAAUAUAUUUCCAAAUUACAAUAAUGCAGGUGCUAUUAACAAUCCUGGUGUUCAGUCAAAUACAGCAUAUCCUACUUAUAGUAACGGAAAUAAUAAUCAACAACCAUCACCCCAAAAAGAAGAAAAUGCAGCUGGUUCUCCUCAAAACGAUGUUUCUACUCAAUAUGAUUCACCAAAAACUUCUCAAGUGGUUCCAGUGGCACCUGCAGAAACCAAAAACUAUAUUGGAGUACAGCCAGCGAUCAUGUUUUCUGAUUUUAAAGAUAAAGACGAUAGCAAAGAAAUAGAUGAAGGACAUCAUGAAGAAGACGUCAAGGAAAAGAAGAAAGCUGAGGCUUAG